AUGGUUUGGACUACAUCCAUUUGUGUUCUCUCUUUCACUUUGCUUUUUGCCCAAAUAGCAGCUCUAUUGAUUAAACAUCUUUCUGAAGGAGAUGCAGUACAAGAUACAGACUUUGGUGAACAGAAGGAUAUUUCAGAAAUCAACUUAGCUUCAGGCUUGGACCUCUUUCAAGGGGACAUCCUCCUGCCGAGCUCCAGAAAUGGCUUGAGAGACCCAAACACCAGGUGGAAGUUCCCCAUUCCUUACAUUCUGGCUGAUAAUCUGGGGCUGAAUGCCAAAGGAGCCAUUCUCUAUGCCUUUGAAAUGUUCCGCCUCAAGUCCUGUGUAGAUUUCAAGCCCUAUGAAGGAGAAAGCUCAUAUAUCAUUUUUCAGCAGUUUGAUGGGUGCUGGUCUGAGGUUGGCGACCAACACGUGGGACAGAACAUUUCCAUUGGCUUUGGGUGUGACUAUAAGGCCAUCAUUGAACAUGAGAUCCUGCAUGCUUUGGGAUUUUACCAUGAGCAGUCAAGGACUGACCGGGAUGAUUAUGUGAACAUCUGGUGGGAAGAAAUUCUUCCAGGUUUCCAGCACAACUUUAACACUUACGAUGACAGCUUCAUCACAGACCUCAACACGCCCUAUGAUUAUGAGUCCUUGAUGCAUUACGCGCCUUUCUCAUUUAACAAGAAUGACAGCAUCCCUACCAUCACAGCCAAGAUCCCUGAGUUUAACCCCAUCAUUGGGCAGCGUCUGGAUUUCAGUGCCAUCGAUUUAGAGAGGCUGAACCGAAUGUACAACUGCACCACAACUCACACCCUUUUGGACCACUGUGCUUUUGAGAAGGCGAACAUCUGUGGGAUGAUUCAGGGCACCCGCAAUGAUGCUGACUGGGUUCAUGAGGACAGUGCACGGCCUGGACAGCUGGACCACACGUUGGUGGGAAGCUGCACAGGUGCCGGCUACUUCAUGUACUUCAACACCAGCUCAGGGUCAGCAGAAGAGGCGGCUUUGCUGGAAUCUCGGAUUCUUUACCCAAAGAGAAAGCAGCAGUGCCUGCAGUUUUUCUAUAAAAUGACUGGAAGCCCUUCAGAUAGGCUCGUCGUCUGGGUCAGGAGGGAUGACAGCACUGGCAGUGUCCGCAAGCUGGUCAAGGUGGAGACCUUUCAAGGAGAUUUUGAUCAAAAUUGGAAAAUUGCCCAUGUGACACUCAGAGAAGAAACAAAGUUUCGCUACCUUUUCCAGGGCACUAAAGGUGACCCCCAGAACUCGACUGGGGGAAUUUACCUGGAUGACAUCACUCUGACAGAAACUCCAUGCCCCACAGGGGUUUGGACUGUACGGAACUUCUCCCAGGUCCUUCAGAACACAGUAAAAGGGGACAGGCUCCUGAGCCCUCGAUUCUACAAUGCAGAAGGAUAUGCUUUUGGGUUGACCUUAUACCCUCAUGGAAGAAUAAGCUCCAGUGUCUCUGGUUAUUCAGGACUUGCUUUUCAUCUGUGCAGUGGGGAGAACGAUGGUAUCCUGGAGUGGCCAGUGGUAAACAGACAGGUGAUAAUGACAAUGCUUGACCAAGAUCCUGACGUCAGGAAUAGGAUGUCCUCAAGCAUGGUCUUCACUACCUCCACAUCCCAAACAUCUUCAGCAAUAAAUGACUCUGUCAUCUGGGACAGGCCAUCCACUGUGGGGUUCUAUGAUGAGGACUGUGAUUGUUUUAGAAGCAUUGACUGGGGCUGGAGUGGUUUCAUCUCCCAUGAAAUGCUAAGAAGAAGGCGCUUCCUUAAAAAUGAUGACCUCAUCAUUUUUGUGGACUUUGAAGAUAUUACCCACCUUAACCAGACGGAAGUUCCCACUAAAGACAAAAGGGUGAUUCCCCAAAGCCUUGUCCUCCAAGACCAGGAGCAGGAGGACUCAAAGGAAGGUUCAUGGAUGGCCUUGUUCAAGGAAGUCCUCUCUGGCAACCCAGGCGAGGGGCAGCCCAGACGGCAGAAGCGGUCGGUGGAGAGCACAGGCCCCAUGGAGGACCACAACUGGCCACAGUACUUGAGAGACCCUUGUGACCCGAACCCUUGCCAGAAUGAGGGCAUCUGUGUGAACGUGAAGGGGAUGGCGAGCUGCAGGUGCGUCUCUGGGCACGCCUUCUUCUACACAGGGGAGCGCUGUCAGGCCAUGCAGGUGCACGGCAGCCUGAUGGGCCUGAUGAUCGGAGGCACAGCCGGCAUGAUCUUCUUGACCUUCACCAUCAUCUCCAUCCUUUCCCAAAGACCAAGGCAGUGACCCUCCUGCUGACACCAGCCAGAAGGCAGGAGCACCUCUUCCCCUCAGAACUCCCCUCCCUUUCUGUGUUCAGCAUAGUUGGAGAAUAUUUUUAUGAACCUUGCUUUGAAUAGGCCCUCUGAGGACCAAGGCCUCUAACCUUGUGUGUGCUCAGUAGUGUUUCUGCCCUCCUCACCCCCUCCCCAUGAUCCUAUUAUCCUGCUCUGUGCCCUGUGACAACACUCAUCACCCUUAUUUGUAAAUCCCUUUUUUCAUGGACCGUCUUUCACAAAGACUGUAAGCUCCAUGUGGGCAGGGACUGGUUAUCCUCAUUUACCAUGCUAGCCCCAACUCCUAGAAGUAUGUCUGGCUGGCACAUUGG